CUGCCUCCCGAGUGCUGGGAUUAAAGGCAUGCGCCACCACUGCCCAUCUGUUUGGUUGGUUUUUGUCUUAGGUUUCUGAGACAGGAGUUCUCGUAAUUGCUCUGGCUACCUGGAACUUGCUCUAUAGGCCAGACUGGUUUUGAAUUCAGAGACCUACCUGUCUCGGCCUCCCAGGGGUUGGGAUUGGGGUGAGGAUCACGUCGCCCUGUUUGCCCGUUCUAAUUUCUUUGUCACUUGCUGUAACACAGACUGCAGGGUCACGGUCCCAUAGCCGCACUCUGCUGCAGGCUGGUGAAACAGCCCAGGAGAAAUGGUUUGUGUUAUCAUGGACUUUUGUUGUUCCUGUUCUGAAACUUUAUUAUCCAGGCACCCCAGGCAGUGUCUACCAUAAGUAGGGGCUGAAUGGAUCCUUAGAGAAUGACUGAAGACCUUUCUGGUUUUUUUUUUAAAGAUCUGUUUGUUUGGUUUUUUUUUACAUAUAUGUUUAUGGGCAGGGCGUAUGGAGGGCAGAAGAGGGCGUGGGACCCUUUGGAACUGGAGUUACCGACAGUUGUGGGCUGCCACAUGGGUGCUGGGAGUUGGACCCCAGUCCUCUGGAAGACCAGCCAGUGCUCUGAAUCCUUGUGCCAUCCCUCCAACCCUCAAAUGAAGAUGUUUGUCACAAGCGAGUCUGCCUCCCACCAAGCCACUGGCCAGCCAUGUUCCUAAGCAGAGAAACUUGGGGACUGGGAGAGAUGGGUCAACGGGUAAAGGGCUGGCCAGACUUGAGUCUGAUACCGGGGACCCCAUGGUAGAAAGAAAGAACUGAUUUCCACAAGCACGAGUAAGUAAUGAAAUGGGGUGCUUUGCGGGGUUUUGUUUGCUUUUUGAAGAGAGUCUCUCUACACCCCUGCACUUCCUGGAACUCACUAAGUAGACCAGGCUGGCCUUGAACUCACAAAGAUCUGCCAGCCUCCGCCUUCCCAGUGCUGGGAGUAAAGAUGUAUAUCACCACACCUAGUUUUCUCUUUGAGCAAUUUGGGAGCUAGCAUGGGUCUCACACCUGUAAUGUCAGCUUUCAGGAAUUGGAAACAGAAAAUGAAGUCCCAGGCCAGAUUGAGCAGGACUCUAACUCAAAUUAAACUGGAGCAAUUUAGACUCAGCUAUGGCCCAGCCACCUGGGAACAUUCUCCAAACAAGGAAAGGGGAGAGCCUCUCCUCAGCAUUGGGAUUUUUCUCUCUACACCUCAGGCUGCUCUGCACCUCAGACAGGGAUCUGCCACAGGACUCAGCCAGGACCAGAGCCUGUGCCCUGAAGCUGCCCUGUUCCCAGCUUCCUGUGGGAAGAAGGCUCAUGACUCACCUUGCCCCAGCUGGGGCUGCCCACGAGGCCAGGUUAAAAGCAUGGAGUUGGGACCGCAGUGCACACUCUGCAGCUGCAGCAUCCCAGCCGGGACACAGCCACAGACUGAGAGCCACACGGGAAGACCCAGGCCAGAGACAGGGAGCAAGACCCAGGAAGCCAGGGACAGCCUCCAGGGCACGACCGAAUGCCCAGCUCCUCACAGACCCCAGAGAGCAGCAUGAAGCCAGCUGGGGGCCGCCUGCUCCUCCUGCUGCUGCUGCUGCUGCUGCUGGCCGCGGUGCUGACGGGAGCCCGCGCUCAUCCUGUGCCCAGGGCCACCAGGCUCCCACCAGAUGCAAAGGAUUGUCACAUAGCCCGGUUCAAGUCUCUGCCCCCGCAAGAGCUGCAGGCCUUCAAGAAGGCCAAGGAUGCCAUAGAAGAGUGGCUGCUCAAGAAGGACGUCAGGUGCAGCUCCCGCCUCUUCCCCAGGGCCUGGGACCUGAAGCAGCUGCAGGUCCAGGAGCGCCCCGAGGCCUUGCAGGCUGAGCUGACCCUCACACUGAAGGUCCUGGAGAACGUGACUGACCCGGGCCUGGGCCCCAUCCUGGACCAGCCUCUUCUCACCCUGAGCCACAUCCACUCACAGCUGCAGGCCUGUACUCAGCCUCAGCCUGCAGCAGAGCCCAGGCCCCCCAGCCGCCGCCUCUCCCGCUGGCUGCACAGGCUCCAGGAGGCCCAGGAGAAGGAGACCCCCGGCUGCCUGGAAGUCUCUGUCACUUCCAACCUCUUCCGCCUGCUCAUCCGGGACCUGAAGUGUGUGGCCAGUGGAGACCAGUGUGACUGACCUUGGACUCUCCCGCCAGCUGCAGGAGUUCUGCAGUGUGUGGACUCACCAAGCCCCUGCCUUAAUUUAUAGCCACUCAGGGCUUUUAAAAAUAUUUAUUUGUGUGUGGAGUCUUCAGACUCAGACCCCACAGAAUGUCUAUUUUUCUACUUUUGUAAACUUUCUACAAAUACAGAGUGAGAAAAGA